AUGACUGCGAUCGCUGGGCAGAUCGGGACGUGCGCGGGCGUCUUGUUGCGUCUCGCAGCAUUCAUGAGCACGAUCUCGCUUCUAUGCUGCGCCAGAGGUGAAAUGAACAUGCUGGGAGGCCAGCUGAGUUUGGAGGUGCCCAGCACAAAGCUGCCCGGCACAGCAUGGUUCAUACAGAUCUCAGACACCCAUCUGAGCAAAUUUGACCACCUCCCAGACCGCCAGAAGCUGUAUGGCGACAAGGCUGGCGACCUCAGGCUCUUUGCAAGAACGGUGUUGGCUGCUUCUCAGCCGGGGGCACUGCUCAUCACAGGCGACUUGACAGAUGGGAAGAGGCUUUUAGGCACAGGAGAGCAGCAGCUUCAAGAGUGGCAGACAUACAGGAGGGUGCUGGACACAAUAGUCACUGAGUCUGGGAUUCCAGAGGCCGCCAUCCUGGAUCUGAGGGGCAACCAUGACGCCUUCAAUAUGGCACAAAGGGACGGCAAAGGCGAUUUCUUCCCGGCCUACGCGGCCGAAGGCCGGCGCGGCGGUGGCGCGCGCAUUUUCAGUCGGCCGCUCUUCGCCGGGCCCUACACCGCAGAGUACAACCUGCAGGAGCAGGACAAGUGCCCAGUGGCGGUGCUUGUGGGAGUUGAUGCCACGCCCGACCCAGGACUGAGGGGCCCCACCAACUUUGCCGGCACUCUCUGCAGCCGUGACAUAGUGCACCUGAACCAGACACUCGCAAAUGCAAGGAGCCAGGGGUGCAGCCCCGCGCUGGUGACUUACGGGCACUACCCGCUGCCCGUAAUCGCGGAGCCGGACACGAAGCCAUGGAGCGGGCAAGGGGACUCCCGUGCCAGAACAGGCUCGCUGUUGGAUGUGCUGACUCAGCACGGCGUCAGCGCUUACCUCAGCGGCCACCUGCACGCUGUGUUCGGGCAGCGCGUGCACCGGCUGCAUCGCGCUCCCGAUGGAGAGCACAUGGCUGAGCUGGAGAAUGCAGCCUGGAAGGAUGACCGGCGGUUCAGGGUGCUGACGUUCGAUAAAGGGGCAUUGGCAUUCACAGACUUCUUCUUCCACACCCCCACAAAGCCCAACUCCAGCUGUGGCCCCCCCUCCGAGCACAUGCACAUCGAGGAAGGCCACAACAUCUCCAUCACAGGCGUGGCCAAGGAGGUGGUGGUGAGGAAGCACAUGGUGGUUAUCACGAGCCCCCCGGACGCGCGUUACAGCCCCUUGGGAUUACUAAUCGAGCGGCGCCAGCUGUUCUCAGAAGUGCGCGCGUUAGUCAUCCCAGUCAUCCCCGACCGUUCUGGGACCAAGUUUCCCGUACUACCGCAGGUGCUGCUGACGUGGACGUGCUCCAAGUCAGGCAAGACUGGGCAGGCCAUGAUGGCGCAGGUGCAGCAGGGGCAGAACUUAUGGCGCGCCCCCUGGGGAAAUUAUGAGGACAGCUGUGAAGCCAGCGACACCCUGGCAUACAUCCAGGUGCAUGCGCUGGAGCGGGUUUACGGGGGAGAACCUCCGCCGCCGGCCAGCUCAGAGCAGCGGCCGGCCGCGCUGACAAAGGGAUAUAAUGGGAAACCCUGGUUCACAACCCCUCGCAGCCCCCUGCCCCUGCAGCUAGGGUUCAUGGAAUGGCUCGUGCUGCACUUGGACUGGCAGCAGGCAGCCGUCAGGCAAGUGCUGCACAGCGUUUAUCUCUUCACAGGGCCGUGGCUGGCGGCGAAUUAUCUGUCGGGGGAACUGCCGGGGUUCUUUUUCAUGGGCCGCGUCCUGUUUAGGCACCGGGGGGCCUGGCGGUGGCGGCGGGACCCUGACACGCUGCGAGUGGGCGCCGUGCAUUACGCCACUUGUGUCCUGCCGCUCACUAUCUGGAUGGCUGCUGUGGUGUCCUCCUGGAGGCGAUCGGGGAAGCAGCGGCGCUGGCCGCUGACGCCGCUGCAGGCUGUGUGUCUAGCGCCCAUUGCAGCGUUCCAUGUCCUGGUCGUGUACAGAGUGUGCGUGGUGUCUUACGGCUGGCCGGCGCUCCUGUUUUCCCCGGGACUUGCCUGGUAUCUGCCCCUUGCAACACUCUUGUUGGCUAGCCAAUGGAGUCAAGGGUGUUCGGCGGCUGUCAAGCAGAAGGGAACUUAA